CAUUUGUCAGAUGGUGUUUCGCGGAGACACACUUGGAGUCACAGGCCAGGAACAUCUUUCAUGCCGCACAUUAUUUAGCGAGGCGCUUCAAUUACAGGCCGAAAAGUCAGGAAGGAACACAUUCUCUUUUGUCAACUUUCGCGCAUAUGCAGCUUCGACGCGCUGCAGAGCAGUUGCCACUUCACUCCGCUUCUAGCAUCUCAUUAACGUAGGGUCACAGCGAAGGUAGACUAGGCUUUGGACGACAUGUUGCACAGAAUUGCACUCUCACAUGAAGCAAUAACACAAGAUACAAACAACUGCUCUUCUCCAUCCGUCGUGCUCAUCUGUUCCUUCAUGUCAUGUGCUCAACGCGUAAGCAGCUCACAUGCGCACUUGAGGCCUCCAUGUCUGUUGAACACCCGGUUCCUUUCACUUUAUCACCAUGCAGUGUCUGACAGUCUUUGCAGAACGCCGGUCAGCGCCAGAGCGGGCUAUGCCUCAGCUUUCGCGUCAAUAGCGCCCCCACGAACAAGCACAGUCCUUUCCCCGCAACACAGAGUGCGACCUGAGCACCAAGCUUUGCAGCCACUGUCAAGCUUCCCCAUUACAUGUCUGGGCUCUGGCGAUGCUCGAAUCGAUGCAGGCACCGGUGUGGCCUUGUACCGCCGACAGCAUGAAGCUCCAUCCCGGACCCCGCAUUGGCACACUCGCUUGCCCCGGCCGUUUUGCUCAACGUGGCCAACGGGACGCACCACUUUUGCAACCUCAUCAGCCAUUACGGCCCGAGUCGCAAAAAGAUUGCACGAGACUGAUAAGGACAUCGCCACAGCCUCAUAUUAUUGGCGGAGAUAUACCUCACGAUACAUGAAUCAUGCACCGAUCGGUUCGAGUCUGGCGGCGAAGCUCAAGGCUAACCUGGGUGGCUCACAGAGGACGAGGGGUGAGGUGAGGCUGAGUACGGACUGCGGACUGCGGUGGGUAGGCAAUCCCACCUCUUGCGCGACGUUCCCUGCUACCUUUUCUUCCUGCUGUUCCCUUUACGAUUUCCCCACACGCUCUUAUCCUUGCAAGAAGUUAUCGUCGGAGGGGCACCUCGUGCCUAAUCGCACAGUCGCUCAAUCUUCCUUCGGGACCUACCCGCGGAGGUCAUUCUGUUGCGAAUUCGGAGCCAACAGCCAGCCUAGUCUACAAAGACUUGCCGAGUUGUGGUCGUUUCGUGCGGCAUUUGACAAGUCUCUGUUCUCAACGUGAGGAGCGGAGUUUAAAAGCACAGCACCAACUUACACAAGCUCGUAGUACUCCAGUACCUAGGUGCUGGUUGUCAAUCGACGUGGGUGCGCCAGACAGGCGGUAUCUGUAGACGGCCUACAAGAUGUCACGCGUCGAGGUACGUUAUCUCCUUGCUACUUGUCUAUGGCUAGUCCAUUAUACCUGUGCAGACAUACAGAAGACCAAAUGUAACAGAACGCACAGGUCGUUGCUGCGGUCAGCGCUGUAGUCUCUGCGUUCCACGCCGGCUCUGAGCUGCUCAAACACAUCAAAGCAAAGCGACGGAAAUCACGUGCCCAGGCGCAACAAGACUUCGAGGAGAAGCAGCUGCAGGAUUCUCUUGCGUCUGGUGAACAGCAAGUUGGCUAUCGCUAUACGCAAGAUGUUCGGGAGAUGGGCGAUGUGGUGCGAGUUGGUGACAGUAAGUCAAGCUA